AUGAUGCGAGACCCUUCCUUGCGGACCCAGAUGAGGGACGUCAUGGCCCUCGAGGCAUGCAGAGCCAUGCCCCGAAAGACUGAGAAAUUUCUAGUCGUUACCGAGGCGAACGCAUGGUUCGAUCUCGACGAGAUCGCCGAAAUGGGAGCUGGUGUCGUGGGGAUGGGUUCGUGUAACUGA